AUGCGCUCCCAAUUCGCCUGGUCGGCCGCCUUCGUGGCUGGCGUCGCGGCCCUCGACGUCUCGCAGGUGUUCCCCAUGACGCCCAACCUGAUUCCGCUGGAGAAGAACGCCGGCUCGGACAAUCUGUUCCCCAUGGCCGACUGCUUCGGCUUCAAGCUGCACGAGGCCACCAUCGACCAGAUGCAGGCGGCCAUGGCCAACGGCACGCUGUCGUCGGUGCAGCUGGUGAGCUGCUACAUGACGCGCCAGUUCCAGACGCAGCAGUACCUCAACGCCAUCAUCCAGAUCAACCCCGACGCCUUCGCCAUUGCCUCCCAGCGAGAUGCUGAGCGCAAGAGCGGCAAGGUCCGAGGCCCGCUGCACGGCAUCCCCUUUAUUGUCAAGGACAACAUCGCCUCCAAGGACAACCUGGAGACAUGCUCCGGCAGCUGGGCCCUUCUGGGCAACAUCGUGCCGCGAGACUCCCACGUUGUCAGCCAGCUGCGCAACGCCGGCGCCGUGCUCUUCGGCAAGGCUGGUCUCAGCGAGUGGGCUGAUAUGCGCAGCAACAACUACUCUGAGGGCUACUCCGGCCGUGGUGGCCAGGUCCGCAGCGCCUACAACCUGACUGUCAACCCCGGCGGCAGCAGCUCUGGCAGCGGUGUCGGUGUUGGAGCCAACGUUAUUGCCUUUGCUCUGGGUACCGAGACUGACGGAAGUGUCAUCAACCCGGCCCAGCGCAAUGCUAUUGUUGGCAUCAAGCCCACUGUUGGUCUGACUUCCCGUGCUGGUGUCAUUCCCGAGUCUGAGCACCAGGAUUCCGUCGGCACCUUUGGCCGCACUGUCCGCGAUGCCACCUACGCGCUGGAUGCCAUCUACGGCGUCGACCCCAGAGACAACUACACUCUGGCCCAGCAGGGUCUGACCCCCAAGGGCGGAUAUACCCAGUUCCUGUCUAACCGCACUGCCCUCAAGGGCGCCACUUUCGGUCUCCCCUGGAAGAGCUUCUGGGUCUACGCCGAUCCCGAGCAGCAGAAGAUCCUUACCAGCAUCGUCAAGCUCAUUGAGUCUGCCGGCGCCACCGUCAUCAACAACACCGAGAUUACCAACUACCAGACCCUCGUCAGCCCCGACGGCUGGAACUGGGACUACGGUACCACCCGUGGCUUCCCCAACGAGUCCGAAUACACCUAUAUCAAGGUUGACUUCUACAACAACAUCAAGACCUACCUAGCCGAGCUCAACAACACCAACAUGCGCUCUCUGGAGGAUCUUGUCGACUACAACAACCAGUUCACCGGCUCCGAGGGCGGCUACCCCAUGCCCAACGGCAACCCUGCUUUCUGGUCUGGCCAGGAUGGUUUCCUUGCUUCUCUUGAGACAAAGGGUGUCAAGAAUGAGACUUACUGGCAGGCCUUGAACUUUUGCCAGUCCUCCACCCGCAAGGGCAUCAACGAUGCUCUCACCUACAACGGCAAGAAGCUGGAUGGCCUUCUCGUCCCUCCUGAUGUUGCUCAGAGCAUCCAGAUCCCUGCCCAGGCCGGCUACCCUGCCAUCACCAUUCCUGCCGGCAUCCACUCCGACUCUGGCAUGCCCUUUGGCCUGGCUAUCCUGCAGACUGCCUUCGGUGAGGCUCAGCUGAUCAAGUAUGCCAGCGCCAUUGAGGAUUUGCAGAAGAGCAGCAAGCAACCUUAUAAGCGAACCCUGCCCACCUGGCGCGGCUACCUUCAGAGGAAUGUCCCUGUCCCUCUGUAA